AUGCGCACCACCCUCAUCUCCACCCUCUUCCUCACACUCCUCGGCUCCGCCAUCGCUGGCGAAAACUGCAAAUGCCAAGAUCCCUCAGGCUCCGGGCCACAAUGGAACGAUGCGACCAGCGUAUGCUGUCAGGGCGACCAAGCAUCGCAAUCGUCAUGCUUUGAAUACGGGAUGGGCAAGAAUAACCAGUGCUCGGCAAAGUCAAUAAAUUGCAUCAACUCGGGAUUGUUUGAUAAAUGCUGUAAGAAGCAGGGAGAUCUGUCCGUAGCGCCUGGUGCGUUCUGCUGGACCUAG